AUGUCUUCCCCUUCGGCUAUUCUGCCAAUUCAAUUGGAUGAGCCUGCUCUGCUACGUGGCUUUUUUGGUGAAUCAGGCCAUGUUUUGACCGUGAUGAAGAAUACAUGUGCCAUAUUGGCUGUUGAGCCCAUAAUACAGGCACGGGCUACCAUAUACAUACCGUCGCAUGUCCUCGCAUUCCUCUGGCACCGUUUUUUGACCACCGACGCAUCUUAUCAAUCCGAUGACGAGACUACUGGGUCAUCGUAUCGCAAACCCAUCGACGGAAAAACCAUCACGGUGAAUAUUCUCGUGUCAGCCAAAGUUUCUUUCUUUGCAACCCAUGAGAUAUGUCUAAUCACCGCUAACGCUCUUUACUACCCUUUCGGUUCUACCUCCGGUGCAAAGACCACCGUUGUUUGUGGUCCGUUGAGAGGACGCUGGCAAAUCGAGGAGCUCGAUACGCUCCGAAGCCAGGCAUGGUCCGUUUAUCACUACUCUGAUGGUGACCUUGUCGAAGAUAAUUCGAACCUCGAAUUGGAAGGGGAGCUUUGCUUACAGACUAGCCGUCUUUUUCUCGAUACCCACUGCAUUGUGAAUGAGCACAACAAUGAGGAGGAGGGAUUGAUGAUUUCUACGAGCACAAGACUGAAAGUGCGGGACGAUCAAAGCGGGGCGGGCGGGGGCUCACAGUCUCCUUCCAUUGGUUAA